CUCAGCAAUCCAACAGUGAGCUAUCAACCAGAUAAUUAAAGGGAGAGACGUCAUUGCACAGUUUCAGUCUGGAACAGGCAAAACAGCCACUUUCAGCAUCUCAGUCCUCCAGUGCUUGGAUGUCCAGGUUUGUGAAACCCAAGCUUUGAUCUUGGCUCCCACAAGAGAGUUGGCUGUACAGAUCCAGAAGAGCCUGUGUGCUCUUGGUGACUCCAUGAACAUCCAGUGCCAUCCCUGCAUUUCAGGGGCACCAAUGUGGGCGAGGACAUCAGGAAACUGGAUUAUGGACAGCGUGUUGUUGCAGGCACACCAGUGUGUGUCUUUGAUAUGAUUUGUUGGAGAAGUUUAAUGACACGAGCUAUCAAGAUGUUAGUUUUGGAUGAGGCUGAUGAAAUGUUGAAUAAAGGUUUCAAAGAGCAGAUUUACGUGUACAGGUACUUGCCUCCAGCCACACAGGUGGUCCUCAUCAGUGCCACACUGCCUCAUGAGACUCUGGAGAUGACCAACAAGUUCAUGACAGAUCCCAUCCACGUCCUGGUGAAGCGUGAUAAAUUGACCCUGGAAGGCAUCAAACAGUUUUUUGUGGCAGUGAAAAGAGAAGAGUGGAAGUUUGACACCCUGUGUGACCUCUGUGACACACUGACCAUCACUCAGGCUGUCAUCUUCUGCAACACUAAAAGGAAGGUUGACUGGCUGACGGAGAAAAUGAGGGAGGCCAAUUUCACCGUGUCCUCCAUGCAUGGAGACAUGCCCCAGAAGGAGCGUGAGUCCAUCAUGAAGGAGUUCUGCUCGGACACCAGCCGAGUGCUCAUUUCUACUGAUGUCUGGGCCCAGGGCUUGGAUGUCCCUUAAGUGUCACUCAUCAUUAACUAUGACCUGCCCAAUAACAGAAAAUUGUAUAUUCACAGAAUUGGGAGAUCAGGUUGAUAUGGCCAUAAGGGUGUGGCCAUCAACUUUGUGAAGAACGAAGACAUCCGCAUCCUGAGGGACAUGGAGCAGUACUACUCCACCCAGAUGGACGAGAUGCCAAUGAAAGUUGCUAAUCUGAUCU